AUGGAGUCUCCACUGAUUUCAACAUUUGGUGAGCGCUUGGAGUCCUUUCCAAGCUCAGCUGAGGACUAUGCAAAAAUAAGGCACCGACUUUCGCACCGACUGCUAAAGCUCCGCCGUACACUCAAAAUUCAAACCAAGGACACCAGAAACUAUAAAACUAAAGAAAAGACGUCCUCGAUUAGUCCGGAGAAUUAUGAAAUGGACACCAGGUUUGGUGAUGUCCUUUUAUACCUGAUUGAAAGAGAUCUUGUGUUUGUGGAGGAGAUCACGUGCGGCCAGAUUGAGUAUUCAAGAACUACAAAGACAUUGACCAUAUCCAAACUAAAGAAAGCUCGUCAACAUGCUAAGCAGUUACUUGCUCUACUGACGAACGAGCAAGACGAUCUCAAAUUGCUAGCAGUUCUGAUCUUAGCCAGCUAUGUUGAAGGUCGCUUGGCAUUUUCGCGCAUCAAAUGGGUAGAGGCCGCCUUUGCUUUCUCGGUCGCUCGUUGCUCAUUGCAAUACUUGUCCCAGACGGGAACCUCUGACCUAUACACCCAGAUCAUUGAGGGGUACGUCGACUCGGAGUUGAAACUUUGUGCGUUGAAGCUAGAGAACGACAGAAAUCCAGAUCUUCUCCAAUUUUCAAAGACAUAUGCCACCACCAAAGACACCAUUCCUUAUCUAAGCAAGGCUAUCAAUAUUGUGAAGAGCAAAGAUGAAGAUAUUCUCAAGCCUAUCUCCAAAACCACACUGGUCGAUUCAGUUUCGUGGUUUGGGUUCAGUGCCCCGGUGAAAGAUCUGGAUCUUGCCCGAGCCAUCACCAAAGCGCAGAACGAAGAAAAGAAUGUAGUGGAGGCCGAUCCUACAUCAUUUGACAAAUCAUUCUUGCUGUGGACCGAUGCAUCGAACUCUCACAAAAGCUCAUUGAAGGGCGGCAUAGAUUCGGAUGACGAUGAGAAUCAGGACAAAUACGUGAUCAUGACGUAUAUCGAUUACCACCAGCUUCUUCUUAGAAUCAGAAGAAAUAUUUCGCUCCUGAAUAGAGUGAAUGCGAAACUGAACAAGAAAAAAACGGUUUCAAAAGCAGCAUUUUUGGAGAACGCUAAGGAAUGCAUCAAACUAUACGACGAUGUCAUAUCCUCAUUCAAAGAGCUCACUGAGCUUUCAGGUGUGGCCCAUAAUGAGAGCCUUUACUCUUCUCUUCUAUCGUUGCAAGCAUACUUCUCUGCGCUGAAAACCUACAAGUUAGCUAAGUCUUACUUGGUAUCCAGCAAGUAUAUAGAGUCACUCGCCUUGCUGAAAAAAACCGUGGAGAUUGUCGAAGAAAUAAAGCCUUUGGAGGAAGUUUUUGAAGGAGGCAUUCCAAACACCCAGGAGAUUGAAAAAUUCAAGUCUGAGUCUAAUUCUCUGUUCACAAAAGUUCAUGUUUUUACCGUGUACUUCACCAAGGAAAAUCACAAGCCUCUUCUUGGGGACUACCUGAUUGAGAAUGUCGAUGCGUUUCCAGGUCUGGCUACCGACGAGCUACUGGCUAAAAUAGCCGAUCUGGAUGCCGGGCUUAAACCUGUGGGAGUGAAGCCUGUUCUGUUUGAUGUCGCCUUCAACUAUAUAGACUACGACUCAGAUUUAUCCAAAGUGACCGCCAGUGAUUCAAAGUCGGAGAAGAAAGCUGGCUUUUUCGGUCUCUUUGGACGUUGA